CCGGCCCUGACCCGGACCGGCCUCGGUGACCUGUGUAUGACAUCAUCGGACCAGUUUGAGAAUUGCAAUACCUUUCAGGCAAGACAGUAAAAGCUGACAGAGCCAGCACCAAACAAGAACGUGCUUAUCGUUAUGGUUAGGGAACAGUUCACAUGUCGCUGGGGUAUCAUGGGGGCUGGUGCUAUAUCUGAGAAGUUCGUCAGAGACCUUUUGAUCGAUCCAAAAACUCGCGAAGUAUCUGAUGUCCAUCAUCGAAUCGCUGCAAUUGGUUCGAGAUCAUUCGUGAAGGCUGAGGACUUCAUCAGUCGCAUUGAAGGUCUGGAAUCGCAUUCGACCAAGGCAUAUGGUUCUUAUCAGGAUUUGGUUUCAGAUCUGGAAGUUGAUGUCAUUUAUGUCGGUACCCCUCAUUCAUCUCACUUCUCGGAUGUGAUGCUUUGCUUGGGAAGUAAUAGAAACGUGUUAUGCGAAAAACCUAUGACGGUCAACGCGGCUCAAGCUCGAGAGUUGUGUCGGGCAGCUAAAGAAAAACAAUGUUUUCUGAUGGAAGCUUUGUGGACUCGUUUUUUGCCUAUCACUCAUAGCUUCCAAAAAGUAAUUGCGUCGGGAGCAAUUGGCGAAAUUCAGCGGGUUGAUGCGGAUUUGAGCGUGGAUUUUGCUCCGGACUCGUUACCCAAUGACAAUCGUCUAGUCAAUCCGAAGCUGGCCGGUGGAGCACUUCUCGAUUUAGGACCCUAUCCAUGGACGAUGCUUGCACUCACAUUGCUUCAUCAAAACAUCAAACCCGAAUCAUCAUCUUUCCAUGACAACAAACAUGAAAAUCCAGCACCAACUGACCUAUCAAUACCCAAAAUAUCUGCUUCUGGUACUAUGUACACGCAUCGAAACGCACACCCCUCAUCUGAGCCAGUAGAUGGCUCAGUAAUCGCAGUCCUUGAGUUCCCUACUCCUUCUGGUCGAAAAGCUCAAGGUUUGCUCAUUAGCAGCAUGCUUCAAAAUACGAACGAAGACAGAGCAGUGACUAUAUAUGGUACCAAAGGUCGAAUCAGAAUUCCAUCUCUUGCCUGUUGUCCAUAUCAAUUUGGAGUUACCGUCUACCCAGAUCAAGCUGAAGGGAAUGCCUUACCCACGAGCCAAGGAAGAGACAACCAUCCGCAGGAGAAGAUCCAGUCGUUUGAGAUUCCAGGCAAUGCAAAAGGAUACAUGUGGGAAGCGGAUGAAGUUGCGAGAUCUAUAGCAUCCAGAAAGCUUGAAUCAAAACGUAUGCCCCACUCCGAAAGUAUAUUGAUGAUGGAAGUUUUUGACGAGAUUCGCAGACAGAUUGGAUUGAAAUACCCAAAUUCUAUUGAAUCAAUGCCCUAAUUCCUUGAGCAGAGGGUGAAAAAGUUUACAAGCUUUAAACCAAUCCACCAUUAAUAAAAGCAUAUAAGCUCCACAAAUGGUAACCUUAUGCUAUUGAAUUCAGAUGUAUCAGGUGAAUUAUUCAUGCUACUCAUUCAACUAUUUCCAGAUAUAAUGUACAUACCUUGCAGUACUAGUGAGGGGCUUCUUGAGGCAAGAGUCAAAAAAGCGGGUCCACCUAAAUCUGUUAAAUCAAUUGUCCAAUGAAGAAGAUUCUACAUUUAGUAGUUGUUGGGUCUAAGUUUUCUUAUUCCAGAAUCUCCUGGCUC